AUGGCAACAUCAUCAGCCUCCAUCGCCUACAUAGGCAUAAUAGGUCGCAACAACAACCCCCUCCACACCACCAUCCUCUCCCCGAUCCGCACCCCGCUCCAAUUCUCCCUCCUGCUCUCCAGCACCAUCGACAUAUUCGAAAUGCGCGCCCGCUCCUCCGCCGCGCCCCCGUCCUCCUCUUCCGCCGCCGUCACCCCCAACCUCACCGGCGAGCUUGGCCUGCUCCACGCCGUCGACGACCGGCUCGCUGCCUACGGCUUUGAAACCAACACAGGCGUGCGCUUCGUCGUCGUCGUCGACGUGAGGGCCGGCGAGGACGGUACGAGAUCUGGCGUUGGCCUGCGGGAUGCUGACGUACGGCCUGUUUUCAAGGCGUUGCAAGCUGCCUACAUUGCCCUGCUACAAAACCCCUUUUAUGACCCCGACGAGCACACCCCACCUCACGGGCAGGGCGGUAAGAAGAUCACGAGCCGCAAUUUCUCGGCCGAGGUGCGGAGGAUAGGAGAGAAGUGGCACCCUGGGGUGACUGUUAUAUAG